AGCGUUUGGAUCAAAAUGACAUAGUAUUAGUUUUUCGGCGGUCAUGUGUCUUCAGAUUCCUCGCCGAUGUUUCCUCUCCGUGUCGUUUUCUCUAUGAAAUUGAUACCACAACAAAGUUAGUAGUACUAUAUAUUAUAUUAUCUGCCAGUACCAAUUAUUAUACACAUUUUCAUGCUUUAGCAACUCGAUUUGAUAUUGGAAAUUUUUCUUAAGUGUUUUUUUUCCCGUCAUUUGUUACGUUAAAUAUGUAAAAAUAUUCUUGUUGAUAUGUUUCAGGAGACACAAACUAAGAAUCUCUGCUAACUUUAAUAGAGUAUUACGUUGUACUCUUUCAUUUUAAAAUAAUAACCUAAUAGAGGGACAUUUUUAUUUAUUUAUGUUAGAGUUUGUGAUUGGAACCUCCAUUUGAUUCUCUUCCUCUCUUUAUUGAUUUUACAUCCUUCUGAUCAUCAUAUCUUCCCUUCUACUAAUAUAGUUUCUGUCCUUUUGAGAUUCGUUGUCCUACGUAAUAAGUUUCAAGGCUACAUUAAUUAUAUCAAUCUGUCUUUCCCAUUGACUUUUUGAGCUUUCUUGUUACUCAAAAUCACUGUUUUCUAGUCACUUUUGAGUGUCUUGAUUUAGUGGGAAUAGAAGUGAAGGAAUAAACAGUAGUUAUGUAUAAUAAUGGAAGUGGGGUGGGAAGAGGAGGAGGUUUUAUGUAUGAGAAUGAAGUAGUGAUGACAAGAGACCCAAAGCCAAGGUUGAGGUGGACUGCUGAUCUACAUCAACACUUUGUCGAUGCUGUCACUAAACUUGGUGGUCCUGAUAAAGCAACUCCCAAAUCAGUACUGAGGUUAAUGGGCGUAAAGGGUUUGACACUAUACCAUUUGAAGAGUCACUUGCAGAAGUAUAGACUUGGACAGCAGGCCAAGAGACAAAACAUAGCUGAGCAAAACAAAGAGAACAGUGGGGACUCGUCGGGACAAUUUAAUUUGCAUUCCUCAGGCCCCAGUACCUCUUCAUUAAGUAUGAACUAUAUGCAAGGAGAUGUUCCAAUAGCAGAGGCAGUAGUGAGUCAGAUUGAAGUUCAGAAAAGAUUACAGGACCAGCUUGAGGUGCAACAGAAAUUGCAAAUGAGAAUAGAGGCACAAGGUAAGUAUUUGCAAGCGAUAUUAAGUAAAGCUCAGAAAAGCAUUCCAGUCAACAUGAAUUCUCCUAGUGCAACAAGAGCUCAGCUUACUGAUUUCGAUUUACCUCUGUCAAAUUUAAUGGAUUACGCGAAUAGAGAAAACCAGGAUGAUAAAAUUAUUGAUAAAAGAACACAUGAUAAUAUCAAAGAGGAGCUACAAAGGUCUAAUUACAUUGUGGAGGAAGAACAAAAGAGCAAUACUGUGAAUCUUAAGCUCAAAGAAGCUUUCAUUAACUUCGAUUUGAACUCCAGAAGUAGCUAUGACUUUGUUGGUGCAAAUGCAGCCAUAUUGGAAGCCAAAUCACUUUCAGAUGGAAGAUUAGAAACAUAGCAUUUAUCAACACAUAGUCAAGCUACCUUUUUUAGUUCUGCUUUGAAAACAUUAUAACUUGAUAUGUGAAGCUGUGAUUACUGAUCAUAUGUUAUUCUUCAUCUUUGCAAUGAAUAGAAAGUUAAAGAACAGUAAA